AACAAGAAUGACACAGCACAAAAGAUGAUGUUGCGUAAUCGGGAGCAGAAAGGUUGUAUAUUAUGGGCACGAGUUGCCUUGGGCUCGUACAGCGGUGGGAUUUAAAUCAGACGGACCUGGAUCAGGAUCAAGCAUAUCCCGACAUCUUAUUUGCAGCAUAUCGUACAUAUUAGUCACUUUUGGUCAUUUAUCAAGCAAGAUAGAAACUUCUUGUUCACAGUAUGAGUGUGUCAAGACAACACCUCAAAACAGGGGACCCUAAUCCACCACUGAGACAUGACGUUCUCCGUAUAUACAGCAUGGGAUUCUGUCCAUUCGCACAACGAGCUCGGCUGGUUCUGGCUGCAAAAAAUAUCAAGUAUGAAGUGGUCAACUGUAACCUUAAUCAGAAACCAGAAUUUUUGCUGGAACGUAACCCCGCUGGGACAGUUCCUGUCCUAGAGUACCAAGGAAAUGUUGUAACCGAGUCCCUCAUCAUCUGCGAUCUUUUGGAAGACCUCUUCCCAGACAAGCCACUGAAGGCCAAGGAUCCUUUUCAGAGAGCAAAGAAUAGAUUGGCAGUUGACAAAUUUGGUCCGAUUGUUUCACUCUUUUACAAAGUUGGCUACAAUCCAAAUGAUACUGAGGCCAAAGGAACAUUGAGGAAACUUUUGAAGGAGUACCAGGCUUUCUGCAUAACAAAAAAUACGAAUUUCAUCGGUGGUGACCAGUUGGGCAUGGUUGACCUCAUGAUCUGGCCGUGGAUCGAACGCAUGCACGUACUCGGUGACGAUAUCGUCGCGGAGUACGUCCCGGAGUUCAAGGCAUGGAUUGAUCGCAUGGAAACCAUUCCAGCCGUUCAGGCUUGUCAAAUCUCAAAGGAAAAGCUAGUCCAAUUAUACGCUGGAUAUUUUGCUCGGAAUGCAGUUUACGAUUGAUAUUUUAAUUCUCUCUCAUCAAUCCAUUACAGUGGCGUAAAUCCGGUCCGAGCAGGGGGUGAUAGCAAUUGAUAUAUUGACCUGAAAAAAAAUAUAUAUAUAUAUAUACACCCCAAACACCAAGGGCUAUGUAUACGGGGUUAUAUAACCAUGGACAUAAAAACUACCAUCUUUUAGUUAAAGCCCUAUAACGAUUUUUACGAUUUUUAUAUUGUAAUGGAUUUGUUUUGAUGUAGAAUAAUGAAUUACAAUUAAUAUCAAUAUGCGAGCGAGCAAAUUUUGGUAGACAAAAUGGUCCACAAACUUAAUCACGGGAAAUGUGUACGUAUGUAUAUAUUAUAAAUGUGUGCAUUAUAAUACUACAAUCUUCAUUUAAAAGCCUAUCACGUAUUUUUCGAUGGCUAAAUUGCGAAGCAAACGAGCAAAUUUUCAAUAGUUGGAACUAAGACAGAAUGAUGACCAAAAUCAUAUUUCAAGGAGUGUGUAUAUAUUGGAGAAACAAAGGUAAAUUAUCAAUAAAUCAAACGUUAGAAGAAAUGGAAAACGAAAGUAAAAAGCAAAUAAGUAUUAAACAGUCCAUAUUUU